AAAAGCUUUUAAUAGUAAUCCUGAUCCUUCAAACUCCACCCAUCUCGCUGGCAUUCAAAGAGGAGACUAUCAAGAUCGGUCACAUAUUUAGCGGGAAUGCGUUGUCCAACAGGACCCACUACUUCCUCGGGAACGGCCGGUGGAACGUGGGAGGGAUGUACCAAGCUCUUUCUGUGAUCAACGACAAUCUCGAUAUUCUACCGAAUCAUACACUGGUGCCGGUCUUGUUUGAUUCGGGUGGGUUUGAGGUCUACAGUAUAGAUGGUACUAUCAACCUGACCCUGACGCAAAAUGUGUCAGCUAUCCUUGGCCCAGAUAUGACCUGUUUGCAUGAAGGAAGAAUGGCCGCAGCAUUCAAUUUGCCCAUGUUGACCCAUGCCUGCACAGAUGAGGUGAUAAAGGACAAGUUCAGAUAUCCAACAAUGGCACGGACCAUACCAAACGCCGCAACAGUCGUCGCGCCAGUUCUCGCGUUUUUGGCAGCGCAAAACUGGACAAGGGUCACUCUCCUGUAUGGUUUCAACGAAAAAUACACCGUGACACACCCCAUUAAGGUUGCCGCCGAUGCCAUAUUGAAACAAGGCAAGGAGAGUGGAAUAGACUUCCGGCACGAGAUCAACUAUGACUACGCCGAUUUGAAGAAUGGGUUCAUCCGGGAGAGGAUGGAAUAUGACCGCAUUAUCAGCCUCAAGUUUGAUGAAGUCAUUCAGAAAACAUACGAGGAUACGCGAAUAUAUCUCUUUCUGCCAUACAUGGCAAGAAACCUCAUCACAUUCCUGCAUCGUUUGUGGAAGAAAGGUCUGCUUGACAAGGGCGAAUACUUCGUCAUCGUCGUGGAAUUAGAUGAAAGAUUUGACAUAGAUCUGAACCAACAUUACAUGGAAUGGAUUUUUAUGAACGUACACAAUCCAGACAAAGUCCUCGACCAUCCGGGGACGGACUACCACCACCUCUUCAUGCUGUUCCAGGCAGCAGUAGUAAUUGGUACCACUCCACUGGGGCGCCAGUUGACCAUAGACGAUUUCUGGGAUUACGUGAAUGCGACUGCAAUUGGCUUGCCGAGUGCUGCGGAAGGAAUGGUCGAAAACUAUCAAAGGUUUGGGAGAUUACAAAUGCCUCUGCGCACGACUUAUACCCUCUACGAUGCCACCAUGCUCUACGCCAUGGCCGCUCAUGACGCCAUCUUGGAUGGGGUAUCGCCAGCAGAUGGUGUCUCACUCAACAGAUACCUCAAAGGGCGGGACUAUGAAAGUCGUCUCGGCUACAUGACAUCAUUAGACGAGAAUGGUGAGACAACUGGAAACUAUUCCUUCGCAAGUAGAAAACUGACGCCAGGUGUGAAUGCAACAAAGACCGGAUCCUACUUCGGAAUGUAUAAAAUUGGAAUUUUUGCAAGGGGAGAAAACAAUACCGUGUUUGCCUCGUUUUCGGAUUACAUCGACUGGAUUGGUGGAGAGCCGCCACUCGACAUGCCCUUGUGCGGUUUCAAAGGAGAACUCUGCAUCUUCAUCGAAGAUCCGACAUGGAAAAUAGCAACUGGGACUGCUAAUGCUGUCACUGCCGUACUCAUGGUUCUUCUGGGUCUUAUGUAUCGCAAUUGGAAAUACGAGAAAGAAUUGGAAAAGAUGCUAUGGAGGGUAUCCUGGGACGAGGUUAAAUUUACGAGUAACAAGAAGUCCCGAUCACGCAGCAAUGUAGGAAGUGCCCCGUUUGCAUCUAAGAUGAGUCUGCUAAACUCCCGGCUAUCCAUGCCAGGUUCAAUUGCUAGCUCAAGAGGGGAACACGUCCAGUUGUUUGUGGAGCAAGCCGUCUAUAGAAACUCGACUGUGGCCGUGAAGAGAAUCAAUAAACAAAGUGUCGUGAUCACCAGACAGUUAAAGAAAGACCUGAAGGCGAUCAAGGAGAUGAGACAUGAUCAUGUGACCCAGUUUAUGGGCGCGUGCGUAGACCCGCCAAAUAUCGCUGUAUUGAUCGAGUAUUGCCAGAGAGGGAGCCUACAGGAUGUUCUCGGGAAUGACGAAAUCACCCUCGACUCGAUGUUCAUUGCGUCCAUUGUGAAGGACAUACUCGCCGGUUUGUCAUUCAUCCAUGACAGUUAUCUCGAAUGUCACGGCAACCUCAAAUCGUCGAACUGCGUCAUCGACGGAAGGUGGGUGUUGAAACUGACGGACUUUGGCUUGGCGGGAUUUCGAGACGGAGAGAAGAAGGACGCUGGUGACCAUGCUUAUUAUCAAAGUAUGCUAUGGACCGCACCGGAACUCCUCCGCGCACCGUACGAGUCAGGAAACGCGAAGGGAGACAUAUAUGGCUUUGCCUUUAUUCUCUAUGAAAUAUAUGGACGCAUGGGGCCCUUUGGCGCCUAUGAAAACACGCCAGAAGAGAUUAUUGAUAAAGUCAAACGCUGCACAGACACGUCCCGGCCAUUCCGCCCAAAACUCGCAGAAUUAGACAAAGUGCCAAAAUAUGUGACUGAUACCAUCGCUGCAAGCUGGGCGGAGUAUCCAGACGAGCGGCCCGAGCUAAAGCAAGUCAAAUCCAAGUUAAAACCACUUUCCAGAGGACUAAAAUCCAACAUCAUGGACAACAUGGUGUCAAUCAUGGAACGCUAUGCCAACAAUCUGGAGAGCAUCAUAGAAGAAAGGACCCAAGAACUGGUUGAGGAGAAGAAGAAGACUGAUGAACUACUCUAUCAGAUGUUGCCAAAGUCGGUUGCUGAGCAACUUAAGCGAGGAAAACAAGUAGAGGCGGAGAGUUUCGACUCGGUGACAAUCUACUUUAGCGACAUUUGUGGUUUCACGGCCUUGUCAUCAGAGAGUACCCCAAUGCAGGUUGUUGACCUACUGAAUGACCUCUACACAUGCUUCGACGAUAUCAUAACCGAAUAUGACGUGUACAAAGUGGAAACCAUCGGCGAUGCCUACAUGGUGGCCAGCGGCCUCCCAAAGAGAAACGGCAUCCGACACGCAGCAGAGAUAGCUGGCAUGUCUCUACACCUCCUGCGGGCUAUCAAAGUGUUCAAGGUCAGACAUCGGCCUGACCACCAACUUAACCUGAGGAUAGGCAUUCACUCAGGGUCAUGCGUGACUGGUGUAGUUGGUCUCAAAAUGCCUCGAUACUGCCUAUUUGGGGAUACAGUCAAUACUGCAUCCAGGAUGGAGUCCAAUGGCCUGCCACUGAUGAUCCACUGUUCGCCCGAAUGCCACGAACUGUUGGUGAAAGUCGGUGGGUUUACCUUGGAAGAAAGGGGAUUGAUCGCCAUGAAGGGGAAAGGUGAAAUCAGAACAUUCUGGGUAACCGAUCGUGAACAGCCAAAAAAGGAGAGACUAGACUCGCACAUGACGGCAUCAGUGGGCUCUGUUGGGUAGAUGAACUGUCCUCGUGUCCAAUGUUAGGUUGAAGCAUGGGCAACAAACGUCUGUUGAUGAACAAAGGCAAAAAAGACAUUCCGUCACUGUAAACUCACUUUAUGAUAGAAUGGAUUCGAAAGGCCAAGCCUAUUACGCAUUCUGCAAAUAACAUUUAUUCUUAUCAGCUCAAAUCUUCUUGGGAGUCAAGUUGUGCUAGCCUGGUAAAGGGGUCAUCCGGACUUCCCUUCUGAGACACUAUUUAUCUCCUAACUCCAAAUGCCAGGUGCCUGGAGGGAAGGCAUGCACUCAACUCGGCGUUUAUCUACAUAUGACAGAAAAUUUUAUUUUAAGUGCAGUUGUUUCGCCGAAUUGAAUAAAUCCGGACUCCAAAUCGACACAAAUGAAAAGAAUGAAACAGUAUUUAUUUAGCAAAUGUUUAUUUCCGA